CUUUGGAGAAAAACCAGUUGCCGACUCGAAAUCCCAAGUCCCCUCGGAGCUUCGUGUGCGUCGGGAGGAGGAAAACCAUAUCGCCAAUCCUGCUUGGAUUUCGUAGUGCUUCAGAACCAAACCAGCCGGACAACAGACGUUCAAAAACCUUCGCUUGUCGCCAAUUCAAUAUCUUCCUCGCCCCCCUUCUCAAAUCUCAAUCGAUCAUACACGAAGCUUAGCUAAUCAGAGUUCUUCGAGAAUUUACUGGAAGAGGAGGAGGGGUUCCUUCACUCCUAAGCUGUUGAUUCUUUCUCCCGAGGGGUUUCUAUUGAUGCGGAUCACCCAUGCCUCCGAAACAACAAUCUAAGGCGGAACUCGCCAAGAAGCAGAAGGUUGUAGAGGACAAGACCUUCGGUCUUAAAAAUAAGAACAAAAGCAAAAAUGUUCAGAAAUACGUGCAGAGCCUCCAGCAAUCUGUCCAACCUAAGCCUGAUCCUUCCAAAGCGGCCGCCAAGAAGAAACUGGAAGAUGAGAAGGCCAGAGAGAAGGAGCUGAAUGAUUUGUUUAAGGUCGCUGUUAGCCAACCUAAAGUUCCUAUUGGAGUUGAUCCCAAAUCUAUUCUAUGUGAGUUCUUUAAGGCGGGACAAUGUGCGAAAGGUUUCAAGUGCAAGUUUUCUCAUGAUUUAAAUGUGCAAAGGAAGGGUGAGAAGAUCGACAUUUAUAGUGACAAACGUGAUCAGCAAAGUACUGAAACAAUGGAGGAAUGGGAUCAGGAGACCCUGGAAAAGGUUGUUGAAUCAAAAAGGUCAGAGUACAACCAAAACAAGCCAACUGAAAUUGUUUGCAAGUUUUUCCUGGAGGCAGUAGAGAAAAAACAGUAUGGUUGGUUCUGGUCCUGCCCCAAUGGCGGCAAAGAUUGCCAUUACAGGCAUGCUCUUCCUCCUGGAUAUAUUUUGAAAUCUCAAAUGAAGGCCUUGUUGGAGGAGGAAGCAGACAAGAAGGCAAUUGAAGAAGAGAUUGAGGACCAGCGUGGAAAACUGUCUUCUACCACACCCAUGACGCCUGAGCUCUUCCAACAAUGGAAGAUUAAGAAGGUGGCUGAAAAGGAAGCUGCCCUUGCAGCAAACCAGGCAGAGCGAGCCAAAAAUGAUCGCAUGAGUGGUCGUGAGCUCUUUCUUUCAGAUGCUAGCCUGUUUGUGGAUGAUGCAGAGGCGUAUGAGAAAUACCAGAGGGAAGAUUCAGAUGGUGAAGAGAAGGCUAAAGAGAGUAAAAUUGGUGAACCAAGCACUUCGAAAUCUGUCGAAGAGGAUGAAAUUCUCGCCGAGGAUGACGAUGAUGACCUCGACAUGGAUGAGCUGAACGAGCUGGAAGCAACCCUGUCAAGGACCACUCUCGAGAUCCAUUCCUCGAACUAACAACGAGUUACACGAGGUCAUAGAGUUGUUGUAAAACUUAUGCGGGCUUCUGAUCGACGAUUAUUAUUCAUAAGUCUGCUGUGGAGAACAAAGCAGAUGAUAGUGAGGUGCUGAACUUGUUUUAUUUCUAUAUUGCUUUUUGAAAACAAAUUGUAUUUUAAAUGCCUGAACUAAUUUGUAGAGAACAUUGGGGUGGCAUCAUGGCAUGGGUGAGGAAUUAAUUUUGAGGUAAAUGAGCUGUGUUUAUUUUGAGACA